UUAUACGAGUUACUGUUUUAAGACAAGGGUGAUCCUGCACAUGCGCUCUUGUCAUCAUUGAUUUUUCUCACUUUGACAGUUCGGCCGAUGUUUUGAGCGACCACCCGUGUAUUGAAAACAAAGUAAACAAAAAUUAUGGCUUUAGAUUUUUCUGCUACGUAUAAGUUAUUAGUUUUAGGUGAUUCGAAUGUUGGAAAAACGUGUAUUGUGCACAGAUAUUGUGAUGAAAGAUAUUACGAUAUUUACAUAUCUACAAUAGGUAUAGAUUUCAAGCAAAAAAUAAUCAAUCUAGACGGAGUACCCAUUAAACUGCAAAUAUGGGAUACAGCGGGUCAGGAGAGAUUCAGAACUUUGACAACAGCAUACUAUAGAGGUGCCAUGGGUAUUAUUCUUAUGUACGAUAUCACAAACCUGGAAUCGUUCAACCAUUUAUCUUACUGGUUAAGAAAUAUUCAAGAGUAUGCUUCUCCGGAUGUGAUAAAAGUUUUAGUUGGGAAUAAAUGUGAUGUGAAUGAGAAUCAUCGAGCAGUUCCCAAGGAAAGGGGUCAAAAGAUCGCUGACGAUUUUGACAUGCCAUUCUUCGAGGUAUCUUGUAAAAGCAACAUUAACAUCGAAGAAGCGUUCCUGACUUUAGCCAGAAAAAUACGAGAAUAUCGAGAGACAAAGGCUGAUGCUUUCGAGUUGAAGGAAAGAGACAACGUAAUAAAGGCUUCUGAAUCCGAAACGGAAGUGUCAAAGUGUAGUUGUUAACCUAUAAUUACAUAGCUAACAAUAUAUGAUAUUACUUAAUGAUAAAUCUACACAUAGGUUGUGUAGAUUUAUCAUACAUCAGCAGCCGAAUACAUCCUAAGUAGAAAAAAUCUACAAUUUUAUACCAACCAGUCUGGGAUAGAUUUAACUUGAAACCGAAGCGUUCAUGUCGUAAUAGUCAAACAAUAUAGAUAGAUCUACAAGAUAGAUUUCCUAGAAUAAACAUUUGCUAGUGACAUUUAUAUCAAAGUAAAAAGGGAUUUUUAUAGUGAAAUAUUAACAGUAGAAUGUUUUCAAUAUUGUAGUUGUUAUACUUGUAGGGUCAAAAUCUCAAAAUAGAUUGAUUUCCUUGCUAAGCUAUGGGCAACAGGCGCUUUACCUGCGGACAAUUGGAAUGUUAUUAAAAUUUCAAUAAAUAUCCGGUAAGCUACAAUUAUUAAAUGAGCUAUUCGUCUUCCAUUGUGUAGAAUGUUUUUUAAAAGUUUAUAACUUGCAAGAAGCUAUUAAUACUAAAACCAACCGUAAGUGUUCAUAUAAUUGUAAAACUAAUCCAAUUUCAAUUAUAUUAUUUGUCGAUUACAAGGAUGUCAUAAUGGUGAGAAGCAGGCUUCUUGAAACAUCAUUACGUCAACCAUAACUCGAUAAAUACGAAAAAUGAAAUGUUUAUGGUAUCAAUAUGUGUAGGCAAAAAAUAAAUAAGUAAACAAAUUAAGAGUUGCUCGUUGGAAGGUUGGUCGGUUCCUAUACCACGUACCAUACUUUACAUGUUGUCAUUUAAACUUACCUACAUACCUACUUAGUACGAUUUCAUGAAACAUAUCAAUUUGUUUUGAGAUUCUGGCUAUUGAAUAGACUGUAUUCACGCUUAAUGCAUCUGUGCUCUUUUUGCGUGUAUAAACUGCAGCAAUUACUUCGUAGUAUUCAAUUAAAAGUUUAGAAAGUAAAAAAAGUUACAUUAAAUU